AAAGGCAGCUAAUGUCAGUUGUUUGCCUGUUUGUUGCAAGUGAGUGUCAUUUUCUUAUUGCUAAUUUCACUGACUAGUAAGUGUGUUGCGCGGCUGUUUGUCAGUAACGUUAAAGUUUUUACUUUUAAUGAUUUUAACGGAAGUCCAACUGGCGUUAGCUAGCUUGACGCUGGUCCGCUAACUUCUGUGUGGUCAGCCAACCGAAGCAUGGGGUCCUUUGACUCAACGUUUUUUGCUCGCUAGCGUUAUAUGAUAAAAAUGCCGUACCGAUGGUGUUGAUACAAGCGAUAUCUGCGGUUUCAUUUAAUUUAAUUGUUUUUCAAAACGGAAAUACUAGCCUGUGCGUAACAACGAACUCUUCUUCUCUGUAUCCCUCAUCUCCUUGGCCAGCCAGCGUCCUGUGAACACCGCUAUCUAUGAUGUGAUUAUGAAUAACAGUCGUCGAGGGAAGUUAUAAUUGGAAUUAUCAUAGCUGAAUGGCUACAAUAGCAGCUUGUCUGCCUUCGUUUGACGCCUGCAUGCUGUUAUUUCGAUAGCCAUUUGAGCUCCGCGUCGUCGGGAGGAACCGUUCUUGGCGGAAAUAACCGAAGAGACCGCAUCCACAGCACUGUAGUUCACGUCCUGAAAGAUGUCUUUCUUCAAUUUUCGGAAGAUAUUCAAGUUGGGGCCCGACAAAAAGAAGAAGCAGUAUGAACAUGUACACAGAGACGUCAACCCAGAGGAAAUAUGGGACAUCAUUGGGGAGCUGGGAGAUGGAGCGUUUGGAAAAGUGUACAAGGCUCAGAACAAGCAGAAUGGGACCCUCGCUGCUGCCAAGGUUAUUGACACAAAGACAGAGGAUGAAUUGGAGGAUUACAUGGUAGAGAUUGACAUCCUGGCCUCCUGCAACCACCAUCACAUCGUCAAACUGCUGGAUGCCUUCUAUUUUGAAGGCAAACUUUGGAUUCUGAUUGAGUUCUGUGCGGGUGGUGCAGUAGAUGCCAUCAUGCUGGAGCUGGAGAGGCCCCUGACAGAGCCCCAGAUCCGUGUGGUGUGUAGGCAGACCUUGGAGGCCUUGUCUUACCUCCAUGAGAACAAAAUCAUCCACAGAGACUUGAAAGCCGGGAACAUUCUCCUCUCCUUGGAUGGAGAAGUGAAGCUGGCUGACUUUGGGGUGUCUGCUAAAAAUACCAAGACGUUACAAAGAAGAGAUUCUUUCAUCGGCACUCCGUAUUGGAUGGCCCCAGAGGUGGUAAUGUGUGAAACUUCUAAGGACCGUCCAUACGACUACAAGGCCGACAUCUGGUCCCUCGGGGUUACCCUGAUAGAGCUGGCGCAGAUUGAGCCACCCAACCACGAGAUGAAUCCCAUGAGAGUGCUGCUGAAAAUAGCCAAGUCCGAGCCGCCCACACUCAUGCAUCCCUCUCGCUGGUCACCAGAAUUUAACGACUUCCUGCGGAAAGCACUUGACAAGAAUGUAGACAAUAGGUGGGGCACACUGCAGCUCCUACAGCAUCCGUUUGUCACCAGUGUAACUGAUAGCAGACCACUCAGAGAGCUUAUAGCCGAGGCCAAAGCUGAAGUCACGGAGGAGAUCGAGGACAGCAAAGAGGAGGAUGAGGAGGAGGAGCCUGACACACCUCUGGCGGCUCCUGGGCACAAGCGAGCACCAUCAGAUGCCAGUGUUGCCAGCUCAGAGGAUGACAAAGUCCCACCAACUCCCUCCACACUGGAAUCUGUCACAGAGAAGACGGAGGCUGAGCCUGCUGAGGACCGGACCAGUGACAAGCUCUCUGACGAAGGACUUGGAACAAGUGAGGUCGACAAGACUGAGGAGGAGAAACUCAAUGAGGUGUCUGACGCCAGUAAUGAAGACUUGGCUUCUGGGCUCAUAGAGCCCACCAAGGACUUAAUCUCACAAGAACCUACAGAGCCUACUAAACCAGAAGAUGGUCCAGCCGAAGAGAUUCCUGCUGAGCCCAUAGUAUCACAGCCAGAAGAGCCAGUAGAAGCAGUGGAUAUACCAGAAGUUGGAACAGAUAGUCAAGAAGCAGAGGAGGAACAAAAGGAGCCACAAGAAGAGAAAACAGAGAAUGAACCUGCCUGGGUAAUAGAAGAAGAACAAGAGCCUGAGAAGGUGAAAGAUGAGAAAGAAAAAGAAGCUGAUACAGAAUCUAGAGAAUCACAAGAGCAACCUGAAGAUACACCAGGAGAACCAGAAUCUGUAUCAGAAGAAGCGACACAGGCAGAAGAAGAAGAAAGCAAAGAGCCAGAUGAAGAGACACCUCAACAUAAAUUGACAGAGGACCUAGUAGAAGACACAGCUAAUGGCACAGACGUUAUUAUAAACACAGAGAAUAUAGGAUCGAAUGUAGUGGACACAAGCAUAAAUGGAGAAACAGAUACAAAGUCGAGUGUGGACGAGAUGUCCACUGAGGUUGAGAAGGAGGCCAUAGAGAGUCAGCCAGAGGAAAAGCCUGAGGAUGAGGCCCCAGAGGAGGCAAAGCAGCCUGAACAAGAGAAUGAGACCAGAGAGGAGGUUGGUCUGGAGGAACAGGCCCCAACUGAAUCCACAAAUGGAGUUAGUGAUGAAGCCAAAGAGACCACUGACGAUUCAGAACAAGUGGUCAUAUGUGAAGAUGUCCCUGUGAAGGAAGAUGAGGAGAAAGCCACCCGUGCAGAUGAAAGCACGUCCCAAGAUACUGUGUCUGUCCUGGAGAGUGAAACAGACUCAGAGAGCAAGAUCGAGCAUGGAAGCCCUGCUGUGAUCAAGCCGGAUCUGGAAAAGGACUCUGACUCUGGAAGCAGCUCGGCUGCUGAUAGCAACAGCCUUGACCUCAAUCUGUCCAUCUCCAGCUUCCUGUCCAAGAGUAAAGAAGGAGGCUCUGUGUCUAUGCAGGAGUCAAAACGUCAGAAGAAGACUCUGAAGAAGACACGGAAGUUCAUGGUGGAUGGUGUGGAAGUAAGCGUGACGACAUCAAAGAUCGUGACAGAUAACGACACCAAGAGCGAAGAGAUGAGAUUCCUGAGGCGGCAGGAGUUGAGAGAGCUGCGCCUCCUGCAGAAAGAGGAGCAGAGGGCCCAGCAGCAGCUGAGCAACAAGCUGCAGCAGCAGAGAGAGCAGAUCUACCGGCGCUUUGAACAGGAAACUACUGCUAAAAAGCGUCAGUAUGACCAAGAAGUGGAGAACCUUGAGAAGAAGCAGAAGCAGACCAUUGAGCGACUAGAACAGGAUCACACCAGCCGGCUCCGAGACGAAGCCAAACGCAUCAAAGCGGAUCAAGACAAGGAGCUCUCCAAGUUCCAAAACAUGCUGAAGAACCGAAAGAAAGAGGACGAGUGCGCUGUGUGCUCUCCUCCGCAGGCAGUGGCCCAGGUUAUGAUACAGUCUUUUCAGUUGUCCUCAUGCGCACUCUUCAACGCUCAGAUGCAGGAUGAGCAGGAGUUCCUACAGAAGCAGCAGCAAGAGCUGGACGGAGCUCUGAAGAAAAUCAUCCAGCAGCAUAAAGUGGAGAUUGCCACUAUUGAGAGAGACUGCCUGAACCACAAGCAGCAGCUGAUGAGAGCUCGAGAGGCAGCCAUGUGGGAGCUGGAGGAGCGCCACCUGCAGGAGAAGCAUCAGCAGCUGAAGCAGCAGCUAAAGGACCAGUACUUCCUGCAGAGACACCAGCUACUGAAGAGGCACGAGAAAGAAAUGGAGCAGAUGCAGCGCUACAACCAGCGGCUGAUAGAGGAGAUGAAGAACAAACAGACUCAAGAGAGGGUUCGUCUGCCUAAGAUUCAGCGCAGCGAGGCCAAAACACGCAUGGCCAUGUACAAGAAGAGCCUCCGCAUCACCGCCACCGCAGCCGUCACACCUGAGCAGGAGAGGGAGCGGAUAAAACAGUUUGCCGUACAGGAAGACAAGAGGCAGAAGAACGAGAGGCUCCAUCAACACCAGAAACACGAGAACCAGAUGAGAGAUCUGCAGCUGCAGUGUGACUCAAACAUCAGGGAGCUGCAGCAGCUACAGAAUGAGAAAUGCCACCUUCUGAUUGAACAUGAGACCCAAAAGCUGAAGGAGCUGGAUGAGGAGCACAGCCAGGAGAUAAAGGAGUGGAGAGAGAAGCUGAGACCCAGGAAGAAGGCACUAGAGGAGGAGUUCACACGGAAGCUGCAGGAGCAGGAGGUCUUCUUCAAGAUGAGCGGCGAAUCCGAAUGCCUUAACCCCACCACCCAGAGUCGAGUAUCCAAAUUCUACCCCAUCCCAAACCUGCACAACUCUGGUUUAUAGCCUCGUGUCUGUCCGUGCUACAAAACAGACUCAAACUCGGCUGUGCUCACAGACUCUUCUUGGUGGAGCGACAUCAUUUCUCCGACCGCUACUGAUAAAAAUAUUAAAAAAUCACCGCUUUGAAUCCACCUAUAGUGAGCAUGACGUGCCUACACACCGCUCCCUCACUUGAUCAAAUUUUUCCUCAGCUUGUUGGGUAAUCCAACAAUAAUAAAUAUGCACUUUUUUGAGCAUGUUCAAAUUUUAAAAGCCUGCAGUCAGUAGCGAAGGCCAAUCAUGCUUAUCAGAUUAGUGUAAGCACAGCCUGCUACAGUACGAAUGAUCUCCAGUGCCUCAUUUUCUUUCUGCAUUUAGGCCCCUUGCCUGUGUUUUACAGUAAAUACAGCGAAUGUUUUGCACUUAAAUACCUGGCUAUCAUUUCCACCUGCAAUCACAAGAUGUUGGGAGAUUAUUUUAAAUCAUUUCACAUAAACUGGCGACUAAGACGACUCUGAGAUUUUGAGUUGCUGCAUGGACGGUAGAGCUGGUUCAAGGGAGAUAUGUGCUGAUGUAGUUGUAAGACUUUGUCUCGGCUGUGUGGUCUAAUGUCAGCCGUGUUGGGAUCAUAAAAUUAAAAGGAAUGUACUGUGUUGUAAAUGAUGCGCUGAGUGAAAUGUUACAUGUGUGUACCUACGUAUGAAGUUUAAUCAGAUACUGUCUGUGCUUGCCAUGAGGAUUUUAAAACCUUGGGAACAAGAAUAUAUCUUACUGCUUUGGCACAUAAUUUCAUUUCAGCGCUUUACUCCCGCUUAGUUAAACACAGAGGUGACCUGUUGCUUCCCGGAGAAUGGUUAAAUAUGUUCUUUUUUAAUAUAUAUAGACAUAUAUAUAGAAAUAAAUCACCUUGAAAUGAAAACUAAAGGAAUGUAAAGCUGUUGAUUUGCACUGUUUUGCCACAUGAGCUAAAGAAAAAAAUAUGCAGUAGUCUUUUUUGACAGCGAGUCACCUUCGUCUCACCCAAGCCUAUUCAAACUCCAAACUGACUGAAUUGAACUUUUAUUUUUACUUAUAAUUUCACUUUUUUUCAAAUAUGCCCUUUAGUAUUUUAAAACCACAUCUAGUUUUCUAAACAUGUAUUCCUGUUAUAUCGAUGCUGUAAUCGCUCUUUUCUGUGAGCUGUCGGCUCUUGUUGAAACCAGUGUUGUGUGAAAGGUGGAAGUAUCUGUCUGAGGAGACAUCCUUUGCUGUAUUUUAGGAACAAAAGUAUUGAUGGUUUUCAAAAAGAGAUUUCCUGGUUAGUUUAUUUUGCAUAUCAUCGGUGCAUGUUUUAAUUUCCGUAUGCUGACAUUAACAUCGACUCCUGUUCUGUCAUGAAUGCUGGGUUUUUAUCGGGGUCAUUGGAGACUGCGUCCUGUGCAUACACCACACGCCCCAUAGAUUUCAAAUAUGUUUUUUAUUUUGUUAGGUUACAGCAUUUCGAUAAGUUGUACCACAAUGAAUAUUAUUUUGAUGUCAGAUCAAAUGUAUUUAAAGUGUCUUUAUAAAUUGACUUUUUUUUGUUGUUGUAAAUAAAAUAUUGACUGUU